UAAGUAUUUUUCUCUUUGGUUAAUUCAGUAGGUUUUCUCGUGUCAGUGAAACAGGUUCUUUUAACAACGGAUUCUGAUUUACUUUUAUUCAUAUUUUCUUGAGUAUGUUUUUGAUUGUUAUUUAGUGGCCGUCACUUAACAUUAACGUUGACAUAUAUUGCUGUUUUAAUUUUUCAAUCGACGAAAUUUGUGUUUAAUAUUAUACAAAAUGAGGUUGGCAGGAGCCAUUUUCACAAAUGUUACGAAAAUGCUCGAUUUUUAUUCUCAAUUUAAUCCGUCGCCGCUGUCUAUUAAGCAGUUCAUCGAUUUCGGUCUGAAUGCGUGCGAAAAAAAAUCCUAUCUAUUCCUACGCAAAGAGCUACCAGUCAGGUUAGCGAACAUAAUGAAAGAGAUAGCGCUACUGCCGGAGAACUUGCUGCGGAUGCCGUCGGUGGGGCUGGUGAAUCAGUGGUACGAGCGGUCGUUCGAGGAGAUCACAGAAUUCGAGAAGAUGGAACCGGAACCGCCGGUGUUGACAGAAUUCUGCGAACGGUUAGUUCACAUAAGAAAUCGUCACGCCGACGUCGUCCAGACCAUGGCACAGGGUGUCCUAGAGCUAAAGGAGUCUCAUGAAGUGGACACGGGCACAGAGAACUCCAUCCAGUACUUCUUGGACAGAUUCUAUAUGAGCCGGAUAUCUAUCAGGAUGCUGAUCAACCAGCACACCUUACUCUUUAGUGAGCAACUAGGAGCCAGGCAGGCGUCAGUGAACGGCAUCGGGAUAGGUGGCCGGCACAUCGGCUCCAUUGAUCCCGCCUGCGACGUGGUUGCCGUGGUCAAGGACGCGUACGAGAACGCUAGGUUCCUCUGCGACCGGUACUAUCUCGCCUCGCCCGAACUGGAGAUAUUGCAGUGUGGAGUGCCAAGUGAGCGGCCUAUGUCGGUGGUGUAUGUGCCGUCUCACCUCUACCACAUGCUGUUCGAGCUGUUCAAGAACGCCAUGCGAGCGGUCAUGGAACACCAUGAGGACAAUCCACCACCGAUACAGGUCAACUUGGUGCAGGGCCGCGAGGAUAUAUCGGUCAAGAUGUCGGACCGCGGCGGCGGCAUCCCCAGGAGCGUGACGGACCUGCUGUUCAAGUAUAUGUACAGCACGGCGCCACAACCGUCCAAGUCGGACUCCCAUACAGUGCCUCUUGCUGGCUACGGGUAUGGUUUGCCUAUAUCCCGUCUGUACGCGAGGUACUUCCAUGGCGAUCUGGUGCUCAUGUCGUGUGAAGGUCACGGUACUGAUGCGGUCAUUUAUUUAAAGGCUCUAUCAAACGAAGCCAACGAGUUCCUGCCAAUCUUCAACAAGACAUCGUCGAAGUUCUACCGGCCGGUGGCUCAGCUCGCCGACUGGUCCGGUCCCGUCAACACGGCGGCACAGAGCAAGAACAAGGAGAAAGUGUCACCGCUGUCUGCGCAUACGCCGGUCUCGCAUAGUCUAUAGUGCGAGUCGGAGGAGUGAGACGUCACUCCUGAAACGCGCUAACGAAGUUUUUCAUCACGAAAGUAUAAACAUAGCCCUGUCUAUAGUGUUGCGUAACAAUCAAUAGGAUUAACAGAUAAUUAGAAUAAGGAUUUAAAUAUCGAAUAAGUCGAUCGAUUCUGUGUUUAACAAAUUCAAUCGGGUAUAAUCGAUUACGGUAUCAUCAUCGUCAUAUUACUCGUUAACUGUCCACUGAAUUGGGCCACCCCUAUUGGGAGCUUUGCCAGCAGUUGCCACGCUUGACAGAGUGAAUUGGCAACCGCAGGUUGUAGUGAUAUUUCAAGAGAGCAGCUGUUGUCCAUUUAUCAAUAAGUUCUCUUAGUUGCCCCUUCACCCACGGAAACGGAAGGGGUGGCCCAUUCUAUGCCGGGCCUACAAGGUUUUCACCGUAUUCGAUAAAUAUUGGUUAUAUCGAAAAUCGAAUAAGAUUUUGUUUCUUAGUCGAUAUAUAAUCGUAUCGAUUGUACCGUAUUAUCGGUAAUAUUAUACGUUACAUUAUUUGUGACCGAUCUAUCGAAUUAACUCGAUAACAAACGAUUAUUAGGCAGCACUACUUGUCUAAGUGUUACAGUGAUAUUGUUGACAGAGUCUUGUAUUUCAGUGUGAUUGGUAGUUGAUAUUUUUAAUAUCUCUAAUUUAUCUACUCAUAGGUAUAGGAUUAGAUCCGAGUGAAUUAGUGUUGCAAUCGAUUUUAAGAUUAUCGAUUAUGUUUAGACCAAAUCGCUUAAGUUCUCGAUUAUGACCAUACGAAGCUUUAUAGAUUCGAUUUUAUAACACUAUAAGUGUAAGAACCAUGCGGCCUAUAAAGGACACAAAAAAUUUUUUUAUCAAUCAUCGUAUGAGAAUUGUAUUGAAUCGAGUCAUUGUAGAUAAUUGUCAUCCCUAAACAUUAAAAUUUAAGAUUUUAAAAUUAGAAUAGCCACAGAAUAAAAACGGUAGUGGAAGUGUCGUGUGCGCAGAGACGGGUUUCAAAGUCUCAACCCAAUUCGCUCAUUCUAUACCCUAUGUAAAUAUAUAUUCACACAAAUAUAGUGUGCAAGUAAGUCUGUGUGUGUGUAAACAGUUAAUAUGUAUCUGAUACAGCACAAAAAUAGUCUAAAAUUGCAUAAAAGUUUAUGAAACCAAUCUCAAUAUACCAACCAUAAGUCCUAGGCAAAAUUUGAGAGACAUUUCAAAUUUGGAACACAAGCAAAAUUUGAGAUAUAUAAAUUUUUAAUUAGGUCAUAUUGUCCCUAUAUUUGUAGAACUUGAGAAAGAUUUAAGAAUUGCCUUUCUUCUUAUUAUAUAUAAUAACAACAAUAUUGUUUAUAAGUAUUAUUAAGCCACGCCUAAGGUGUCACUAUAAAUGAAUACAACUCUGAUAGUUCCUCCCCCCCCCCUCACCCCUCUUCAUAGAAAGUCAUGUCUUUAAACAAGAAAAAAAAAACGAUUCGUUUUUCUUUACUACCAAACCACACUGUUUUUAUUCUGUGGUCUAAAAGAAUUUGAAAUUUGGAACGCGCUGUAAAAAUGUUUAUUUUAGUAAAAAUAUAUAGAAGCGCAAUGUAGUUUAAGUAACUUGGAUUCGUAGUCAAACUACAGUGAGUACUAAAUUAUAAAUAAAAAAAAAGUAUCUUUUCCAGUUACAACCGAUUUUGAAAUUAGCAUAUAUUAAAAGAACAGUGAUUGUAUUCAGUUAAAAAAUGAAAACGGCAGUAUGGCAAUAUUAUUAUGAAACAAAUUAUAUGAAUAACAUAUCCCAAGAAAUGUUGAGUUAAAAAACGUAAUUUUUCAUGUUCAAGUCCUGGACAAAAACAGUACAAUCUAGUCCCAAAACUAAGUAGAACUUGUACUAUGAGUACUAAACAAUUGAUACACAUACUUAAAUAUAUACUUACAUACUCAUUAUAAUAUACAUCUAAAUUAAAACAAAUACGCCCUUAUGUCAAAUUGAUUAAGAACAAUUUUACUUUAUCAAAAUUAAUCACUAUGUCUAUCUUGUUUGCGCACACUAAAUACGUAUUUGUAGAAACGAGACGCCUUCUAAAGAGGAAUGUAAUGUAAUUACUGCAGGUAUUUUUUUUUUUUUUAAUAUUUUCACCGAUGUGAUAUUUAUUUUAGGGUUGCGGUUGAAUUAUGGUUCACCGGAAAUGGACUGAUAUAAGUGAGUUUAGUGUUCUGCAUAGUUUUGAAUCGAUAUAGAUUUUUUUUUUUUUAGUGAAGACAGAAAAGAAAAUUUUUACCAUUAAUUUGAGCAGCCAUUUUUAUAUAGCAACACUGUAAGUGACAGUUUUAAAAUUGGAAUGUCACGCUACCGCCACAUAUUCAUUUAAAAGUCUUUGUUUAUUUUAAAAAGUCUUUAAAAUUGCAAUUAGUUACUCUGUGAUAUUAUAAAUUAUCUAUGAGAUAUUGACUAAAAAAUUUUUAAGAUUCUUUGCAUUUUAUAUACAAUAUUUUUUUAUCAGAAUAUUAAAUUGGACUUAAAUACCUAAUUCAGAUAUUAUUAGCAAUCAUUUUUUGUUUAUUUUAUCAUACUGCCUUAUCAAAAUGACAAUCUUGAGAUAAAUUUUGAAUAUCAUUGAAAAAUACUAUAAGACAACAAAAGUGUACUGAAAUAGUAAUACAUUAUACUUUAAAAUUUAUGUGGCAAUGAUUUUUUUAUUCCAAAAUUAUUGAUUCAAAACUAUGUCAACUAAAAGCAAAGAUAUUAAAAUUACUCUAAUAUUGUUGUUGAUAUAAAAAAUAUCAUAUUUUUUAGGAAUGUUAGAAUUAUAAUAUUACAGUAUGACUGUGCAUGUGUAUGUAUGAGUGUUCAUACAAAAAAAAAUUAUAUCACUACUUAUUAGGUUAAUUAGUUGAUAUUACGACUCAAUUAUAGACAAGCCAAAAUAAUAAAACGACAAUUUAAAUAAUAGUUGUAAAAAAAAAACCUUUAUUUAAUAUGAAAUAGUUGAUAUGAAAGCCCCAUUACAUACCUGUAUAAAUUUUUUAAUCUAUAAAAUGCUCAUAGACAAUUGCAAAUGUAUUGAUGUAUGUUGUAUACACCUGUUUUUCUUUUUAUGAAGUUUUGAAGUCUUAUAACCUCUCUGACUGCCAGUGUUAUUAAAAUAUGUACUCCUUUUAACAUUAAUUGUGUUUGGCAACCAAAAAAUUUAUCUGUGUAGUUGUUUUGACCUGUGAUUGUUGUUUUAUCAGAAUUUCUUUUUUACUUUAAAUAUUAUAUGUAGUACUUUCUUCCUCGCCACAAAUAAUUAUAAUAAGUUCAUUAUUAUUGUAUACAGUUUAUAAUAAAAUGCAUUUGUAUUAAAUUAUAUAUUACAAUUAUAUAAAAAAAAAAAAAAUUAAAAACAUACAUUUCGCGCCAUUAUACCAAUAUCCACAAGGUUUAUAUCACUAUACUACAAUACAGUUACGUAUUUUCUAUUACUUGUGUGGGGUGGCGCCCUCUGAUAAAAGUUAUUGAAAUUUUGACAUGUUUAUGUACACACCGAACAUUAAUAUUAUCCAUGAAUUAUUUUUAAAAAUGGAAAAGACAAAAAUAGAAUUGACUGGAUUAACAAUAAAAAAAAUUGUUACUUUAUGCCUACUUAUUUGUUGACAUAUGUUGUAAUUUUUGUUUACUGAACUAAAUUACUCACUUGCAUUUCAUAUACUUUGUUAUUGUAAGUUUAAUUCCAAAAUCAAUGUAAAUGUGAUUAUAAUUGUGUAGAGAAGAUACAUUUAAUUUUUACAAAUAAAAUAAAGUAUUAAAUCUU